CCGGGUCCAACCCUCGCUCUGCAGCCGAGAUGAAGUCGACGGCUGCUGCGCGCCCUGCUCCUCGGGAGGCGCUCUGAGCCACGUCCUUGGAGCCGCAGCGGAGCCAGCAUGUGGAGGGGCCAGGCCCAGUUUGAGGAGACCAGGCAACAGCUCCAACAGCAGCCGGUGGUGGGACAAUGGAAGCCCCUUGGACCAGCCAACAGAGGACAGGAGCUGCAGCAGCCGGAACCUUCUGUCAAGGGCCUGGGAGGCGGGGACGAGAACCAGUCCGUGGCUCAGCUGAAUGUCUCCCGCUUGCGCAGCUCCUCUGUGGAGAUCCGCGAGAAGGGCUCUGAGUUUCUGAAAGAGGAGCUCCAUAGAGCUCAGAAGGAGUUGAAAUUGAAGGAUGAGGAAUGUGAGAGACUUUCAAAAGUCAGAGAGCAGUUGGAGCAGGAACUGGAGGAGUUAACAGCAAGCUUGUUUGAGGAGGCCCAUAAGAUGGUGCGGGAAGCAAACACCAAACAGGCAGCGUCAGAGAAACAGCUGAGGGAGGCCCGAGGGAAGAUUGACAUGCUGCAAGCAGAGGUGACAGCUUUGAAGACGCUGGUGAUUACAUCGACUCCUUCCUCCCCAAACCGGGAGCUGCAUCCCCAGCUCCAGAGCCCCACCAAAGCUGUCUUCCGGAAAGGGCACGGGCGCAACAAGAGCACCAGCAGCCCUGGAGCAGCCACUGCCGCCAGCCCAAGUGCACCCGUGGAACCGGCCAGCAGCGAGUUCAAAGAGUCUGGGGUGCCCACCCUCCUCUCUCUGCUUCUCUGUAUCGUCCCUGCGAAGGCCAUCCACAUCACCUAUGAGCCAGGUUGGCAAUCCCUGGCAACAGACUCUUCCUUCUCUUCUCUCUCGCGGCAGGUGGAUUCCAUCUUGUUUGCAGAAUUCCAGACUUGGAAGGAGUCUCCAACUUUGGAUAAAUCCUGUUCUUUCCUUGAGAGGAUUUACCACGAAGAUGUGGGACCUUGUCUGGACUUCACCAAGCAUGAGCUCUCAGAGUUGGUUCAGGCAGCCGUGGAGCAGAACACACUUACCAUUGAACCGGUGGCUACCCAGGCACUGCCUGUGGUGAAGGUGUCAGCCAUUGAAUGCGGUGGACCAAAUGGGUUCCGGUCCCCCAUUGUAACGAAAUGCGCCCUGAGUGGCCUGUCUCGAGCCUGCAGGCAUCGUAUCAAACUGGGGGACUCUGGGAAUUAUUACUACAUUUCACCUUCCUGCAGGGCCAGGAUUACAGCCGUAUGCAACUUCUUCACUUAUAUUCGCUACAUCCAGCAGGGACUUGUGAGACAGGAUGUGGACUUGAUGUACUGGGAAGUCAUGCGUCUCAGAAAGGAAAUGUCCAUGGCUAAGCUGGGGUUCUAUCCCAGCGAGAUGUAGCUGGAGACUGGCGCUCUGCGAGGCUGGUGCCCUGUGAUGACCCUGCCAGGCACGCAGAGGGCUCGAUGGGAGCUGCCUGAUACAAACUGAAGCGAUGAGAAGCACAGAUUGUCCCCAUUGGACUCUUUGAUGCACUUCCGGACAGUGCCUACCCGAUGCAGAUUUUCCCAGGGCCCACCCUGGACUCCUUCCUUUUUCUCUAUGCAUUCCACAGCCAGUAUAUAUACAUACGUAUCUAGCAAGUAUUCUUAAAAGGUCUGCUUAGGCAGGUCCUGAGACCUCGGCAGGCCCUCAGGCUCAUGACCUGCCUGCUGCUCUGAAACAGAACUUGUAACUGGGCAUUUCCGCACAACAGAGAGGGAGAUGAACUCUACCGUCCAGCUGCUGGCUCUGGCAGUGACUGGGCCAUGGCUGACGGGGGUGGGGGUUGCUCUCCAAAAGCCCGCACUGUACAAUGGCCUUGCUUCAUAGCUGCAAAGUGUACAUUCUCCCAGUUUUUCCCAGGCAUCUCUCCGCCUGGGGAGCCUGAAGGAGACAGUCAAGGGAGGCCAAGACUGUGUUUGAUUCUGUGUAUAGCUCAGGAGUUUGCCUUUUGGUUGUGUAAUGCAGAUCCUAUACCUCACCCUGUGAAGGCAGGCAUCGGUUCUAGGUCAAAGCAUUUGACUUGGAGCCUUGGUCAUGAUGCUAAGAUGGGGAAAUAACGUAACUGUGCCAGUGUUAGUGGCCCCAGGUCAGUGUUUUCCUCCACGUCCACAUUACAGAGCCUCCUCUAGGGCAGCCUUCCCCAACCUGGUGCCCUCCAGAUGUGUUGGGCUACCCUAGAGCAGCUCUCAUCAGCUGGCAUCUCCUCCACAUGUGCUUCGUUGCUGGGGAAGUACCAGCUGGAGAUUUACUUCCAUGGUGUUCCUGACGUAUCCUGCACAACAUGUUUCCGCUCUGCUCUGACUGGUUCCUGUUAGAUACCUACUCCUGCCACAGAAGGUUACUAAUUCUAGUACUAGGCAUUCACUCUUCUUGCUUUCUUUGUGUUAGAGCCAGGACGGACCUCAAAUCUUGAUUUUUCUGGCAAGAUUAGUGGGCUUCUGGAAGUUUUGCAUUUCUUUUCUUUUUUUAAAGUAGGGGUUAAAUUUCAUGGGUAAAAUUAACCGUUGGCCCCUAAAUUGGUGGGGUUUGGUACUAUAAAGAGGGAUCAAACUCAAUUCUGAAUUUGUUAAAUGGCAGAUUUGCAAGUCCUGUCAAAAAUGGAAAAGACUCUCUCCAAACUGUUGAUCUGGAAUUUUUCCCGAGACACUGUGCUGGACUUCUGAAUUGAGAGAGGAUGGCUCUGACUUUUAUCUGGAAGUCACCUCCUCUGCCUUGUGAGUGAUUCCCCCACCUAUCUUCAGAUUGGGGGGGGUGCUCGUUGGUGGCUCCUCAGUGGUGAGAGGUAGGCACACUGCACAUGCUCUAAAGCACUUGCAACUUCAUAUUCCAGGAUGAGCUCUGGCAGUGAGAACAGGGCUUUGACAGUAAGCCCUGAGAACACCGGCAAAACCAUGGCCAAAGCCUUCCAGUAGAAUGGAUCUCAGCUGCUAUCAUCUCCUCUGGAUCCACUGGGCAAAAGCCUCUGGCUUGUAGUAAAGCAUUUUGGACACAGCAUGGCUGCAGGUUGUCUCUUGGUGCCUGCACCAUAUGGCUGGUUCUGCGUAAUCGCUGACUCUUGGCACUCCCAGUUCCGCUCCCUGGAGGAGUGGCAUUAUCUCUCAUAGGGAAGAAUUGCCUGCCUUUGGUACUACAGUGGGAUUGUGUGCAAUGGAGAGCACUUUGGGGUAGUCUUGAAGUCAGUGACUCUUUUGGUCAUCUCUCCUUAGCAUUACAGGUAAGUGGCUGUCUGGCUGGAGCCUAUUUGAUUGGGACGGGUGGGUGGGAAUGGUGGGCUCCUUGCUGCUUUGCUGCUCAGCAGCCCUGGUGUCAUCUUGGUGACUUGUAGUAGCACUUGCAUGCUAAGGAUUAUAGUAAAUCUAUCUAUCUAACUAUAUCUAUCUAUAUACCACACACACACACAAGAUAGAAACUUUUCCCCCCCAAGGAUGUAUUUGGGAGAAAAAUAUUAUUGGAAAUAUGCUUACAGGAGAACAUAUUGCAAACAACACUUGCCUCUUCCCGCUUUGGACAUGGCUUGCUGAACGUAAAAGGACAAUCGGGAUCCAAGUGGAUCCUCGCUUCAAAGUGCCGAGCUGGCUAACACUCAGCAGAUCUUGAAAUCACAGAAUUCUUAGGCUAAGAUGCUAUUUCUAAAUUUCCUUGGGCUGAAUUCUGUUUUGUUGGGGUUUUAAUUUUCUGCAGCUAGUUUCAAUGCAAACAUAAAAUCUAGCUUCUUUAGAAUUGUUUCAUUUAGAGAAGAUGCCUAUAACUAUAUUCCCCCUCCCCCUUCUCUCAUAUAGCAUCCCUAGGACUAAGGCUAGGUUUGUGUGGGAGUGUGAAGGAGAAUUUGUAGGGCAGUGUCCCCCAACCUGGCAUUCUCCAGAUGUCUUUGACUACAACUCCUAUCAUCCCCAACAAAGCUGGGGGAGGUUGCAGUAGGGAUAAGAGAGACACCAACCCCAUGCCAUAGCAUCUUGUACAUACUUCAUGGGGAAACUGGCAGUUUUAAAUCCUAGUCGUCAUGCUGUUAUUGACCAACAUGCAUCAGAUCAUUUAUUUAUUUUUCUGUAGGGUUCAAAUCAGAUAUGUACUUCCGUCUGACAACCCUCACCCUGAAAACCUUAAUCACUGUUUGGAUAGCUGCAGGGUGAAAUAAGAACUGACCUGUUCAUGGUGCAAAAGCCGUUCUCGCAAGGUCUGUAUAGGACACUGCUGCCAGAAAACAAAUGUGAGAGACUCUCCACAGAAGAAAGGUGAUGGGGUUGAACUUCGAUAGCUGGUCUAUGUAGGUGAGAGAGGUUUCUUUUUAAUAAGUAUCUUCAGCUCUUGCAGAAAGGGGUCACAUCCAGUGGACGCUGAUGUCUCACAGAUGACAAACACACACUUUUAUGGGCUUGUAAUAAUAUUCUUACACUCAAGUACAAUGCCAAAGGAUCCCCAGCACAAUUAUGCAUUGCUCAAAGUUCUUGGCCUCACUAGUUGCAGCAUGUGAAAUGGCUACAUGGUGCCUUGGAGUGGCUGCACCUACAUUGAUGUGCAUAUGCACCUAGUUUCAAAUGCUUCUAGGACUGUUUGGAGAAACGGUGCGGGCUGAAACCUGAAGAAUGACAAUUCCAGUGAACAAGUGAGCACACUAACAGUUUCUGAAAUGACAUUCCCCCCACCCCCCGCAAAGCAAAAUAGAACUACGGAUAGUGUUUGAGCUGCGACAGGAAUACAUCAAUAUAUGCUGUCACUGGUAAAUGGUAGGGCUGUGACCCACUUUGGGCUUGAAUCUGAACUGGACCAGAUUGGGCCAAUGCAGUCUGAAGCGCUUCAAGCUGCUUCAGCCCGACUUGGGACGAUGGUGAGCUGCUUGCCCAAGGGACUUACCUGACCCAUCUGGCAGCCACCCAUACUCGAUGAAAGCCACCAUUUUAAAUGAUGGGGGCUAUCUCAUUUCCUAGAUCUAAGGUCACAAACUCCCCAGUCUGAAGCUGCCCCAGUCAAAUUGGAGUCAAUUCAGAAGCUCUGAAUUGGCCUCAAGCAAAUCAGGUGGGCUGUGUCCAGCCCUAGUAAAUGGAGUGUAUUUAAGGCUAACCUUGUUCAGUAGACUGGGUGUUUGGAAAGGCAAUGAAGGAGGAAAAACGGAGGGAUUUCUAACCCUCAGCCACAAUUGAGUGAAUCAGAUACUUUAAGCAAGAGUCCAGACAAUAACAAUGAUGAUGAUAAAUUUGCUAAAAAGACUUAACUUUCCUAGGAUUUGGCAAGCCGGUGCCCUCUGGAUGUUCUGAACUACAGCUCCCAUAAUCCCUUACCAUUUUAGCCAUUUUGGCUGGGGAUUGUGGGACUAAUAGUCCAAAACAUCUGGAGGGCACCUGGUCGUCUACCUAUUCCAAGUCAUUCAUCUCCAUCCAGAACUACUCUUCCUUUGUGUUGCUUUUCAUCUCUUAUGUGGAAGGGGCAACUGUCUAGCUGUUCUCUUGGGGGCAUUACUAUCUCCUUGUAUGUUCUUAUUUUAAUAAAAUAUACUGAUCUCUAUUUAAUAAAUAGACUCCAGUUCUGACAGUGAGGCUGGUUCUUAUUGCCGUUUUAUUCCUUUUGAAGCCUGCAUGUAUUCCAGCUGCAAAAUAAACAGCACAUUUUCAAAGCAGAA